AUGGGGUAUGUGCAGAUCGCAGUAGCAGGCGGAGCGAUGCUUGGAUAUUUGGUAGGAGAACAUCACAGUGGCAAAUCGAUUACUUAUUCUCCUGGUCCUGGCCAGAGGUUGUUGGACUCGGCCAAGCAUCAUCAUCAUCAUCAUCCUAAAGGCUUCUGUGCACAGCUCAAACGCCUAUUAGCAUCACCAUUAUUCGUUUGUAUGACGUUCGCCCUCUGUGCGCUGUACUUUGUUGUCACUGGUGUGCAGUACUGGGUUAUGCAGUAA